AUGCCGAGUGAGGGCGCACUCAACCGGGACCAGGUGUUCCGCAAACUGCGCGCGAAACCGGAAAACAAGGUGUGCCAGGACUGCACCGGGAAGAACCCCACGUGGGCAGCGGUGCCGUACGGCAUCUUCAUUUGUCUGUCGUGUGCAGGACACCACAGGGCGCUCGGAACGCACGUGUCCUUCGUCCGAUCCACCACCCUAGAUACGUGGACGGAUGACCAGCUCCAGGUGAUGCUCGCGGGAGGGAAUGCGCGGGCGCGGCAGUACUUCAAGGACCACGGGUGGGACGAGGUCGGCUCGGACAAGAUCACCGCCAAGUACAACAGCCGGGCGGCGACGAUGUACAAGGAGACGCUCUCGAAGGAGGCCUCCGCGACUGCUGGCCACAGCGUGGACAUCCUGCACACGCCGGCGAAGGCCGCGGCCCCCAGCAACGCCGCGGCGUCGCCCAACAAGCCCGCAGGCUCCUCGCUCGCCGCGAAGCCGGUGGCGCCGCCGAAGCCUUCGGUCGUCCGCGCCGGGGACGGCUCCGGCGGCCCCGCGAAGACCUCGAAGAUGGUCCUGGGCGCCCGGAAGGCCGGCGGGGCGCGCGCGGGCGGUCUGGGCGUGAAGCAAGUGAGCGGCGCUAUUGACGACUCGCUGUUCGACCAGGCGCCGGAGGAGGCGCCGCCGCAGGACUCGGCGAUCUCGCUCGGGAUGCGCGACGGCUCGGGGCACGUCACGCUGUCCGGCGCGGCCGCGGCGCGGCAGGCGGCGGGCCCGACGAGCAGCGCGGCGGCGGCGCAGGCGGGGGACCGGUUCGGGGGCGCGAAGUCGAUCUCCAGCGACAUGUUCUUCGGCGAGGAGACGGGCCCGAGCAUGCAGGAGCGGCAGGCGAAGGUGCAGCAGUUCGCGAACUCGGACGCGAUCUCGUCGUCGGACUAUUUUGGGGACCAGGAGGGGGAGGUGGACAUGCCGCCGGGCGACCUGGCGGGGCAGCUGAUGGGGCGGCUAUCGGUGCAGGCGCGCCGCGACAUCGACGCGAUGAAGGACGUGGCGAAGCGGGCGACGGCGAAGGCGGCCGAGAGCUUCCUGACGUGGCUGAACCGGUGA